AUGAAUAACGAUUUCGAAAAAAGUAAAUUUUCUGCUGGUCGAAUGAGUCGACGUUUUACACUUAAUCCGUUAAUUUUUGCUAAAGAGGAACGUAAUUUAAGGCGACAAUCAUUAGCGCAACUCAAAUUAUCAUACUAUCCGAAAAAUGCUCAUCCUGAUACUUAUGAUAGCAGCGUUGGAUUUUGUGGAUGGUUUGUUAUUAUAAUUAGUUGGAUUAUAUUCUUUUCUACAUUUCCUAUAUCUAUGUGUUUUUGUCUUAAGGUAGUGCAAGAAUAUGAAAGAGCUGUAAUAUUUCGAUUGGGUAGGUUAAUUGGAGGUGGUGCAAAAGGUCCAGGGAUGUUUUUUAUAUUACCAUGUGUGGAAUCAUACACUAAAGUGGAUUUACGCACAGUAUCAUUCAAUGUACCACCGCAAGAAAUUCUGACGAAGGAUUCCGUAACGGUGAGCGUAGAUGCUGUGGUAUACUAUCGAAUAUGUAAUGCUACUAUAUCAGUGGCAAAUGUGGAAAAUGUUCAUUAUUCCACCAGAUUACUGGCACAAACAACAUUGCGCAAUAUGUUUGGUACCAAAAGUUUAUCAGAAAUUUUAUCCGAUCGUGAUGCGAUCGCAUUAUCUAUGCAGGUAAUUCUGGACGAUGUUACGGAAAGAUGGGGAAUCAAAGUCGAAAGAGUUGAAAUAAAAGAUGUUCGUCUUCCGAUACAGCUACAACGUGCGAUGGCUGCUGAAGCGGAAGCGACUCGUGAAGCAAGAGCUAAGGUGAUCGCAGCGGAAGGUGAACAAAAGGCAUCGCAUUCACUUCAAGAGGCAGCAUUGACUAUAUCAGAGUCACCCGCAGCACUGCAAUUACGCUAUCUGCAAACACUCAGUAGUGUCGCUGCCGAAAAAAAUUCGACGAUAAUUUUUCCACUGCCGAUGGAACUUAUUCGACAUUUUAUCAGUUGA